AUGUCCGACCUUAACUCAUGGGAAGAUGAUCCAGCUGCUCAAGAGGACAACAAUCUUUCGCAACAAACUCAACGUAUGAAUUUGAAUGCAAACCCCCAAGCUAGAUCAUUCCAACCGGGCGCAAAUUCCUUUCAACCUGGUGCACAAUCAUUUCAACCUGGUCAACAAUAUCAACAAUAUGGAGGGGGAUACGACCAAUAUGGGCAACAACAAGGUUACGCUCAAUAUCAAAACCAAGGAUAUGGAGGAUAUCCUCAAUAUGGGCAGCAAGGUUACAAUCAAUAUCAACAGGGAGGCUACAAUGCUGGAGGAUACCAGCAGGGUGGAUAUAAUGCAGGAUAUGCACAACAAUAUCCUGGAUACGCUCAACAACCACAAGCAGCAGCUCAAUCAUCACAACCUCCACGGCAAACACCAGUUAUUGCUAAAAGACCAGCGGAUGGAUCUGCUUCAGCGGACCUAAAUAAGCCUGUAGCAGUAAAGGAUGGAGCACCAAAAGUUCUUAGCAUUGGAGGAGACGCACCAAAGGUUUUGAGUAUUGGAGGUGAUGCGCCAAAGCCUAAGGCAAAGGUUCUCUCAAUCGGUACUCCAACUCCCGCGAAGAAGGAAGAGGCAAAGAAAGAGCCCGCAGCAGCAUCCGCAGAAGCAGGUGCUAAGGUUACCGCGGCAAAGGCCAUCGAGAAAGUCGAAAAGACGCCCGCAGCCGCCAGUGGGAAGACUUCACCUACACCAUCAUCUGGACGCUCCUCACCUGCUCGAGCUGGUGCUGUAAAGGCAGCCGCUCGUGCCGCAGAUGCGGUUGAGCAAGAACAAGCAGCCGAUGUUGAUGACGAGACUCUCAAGGAAAUUUACGGCAAGGAACAUGUUAACAUUAUUUUCAUUGGACACGUUGAUGCCGGAAAGUCGACACUUGGUGGUUCUAUUCUUUACGCUACUGGAAUGGUUGAUGAGAGAACUAUGGAGAAGAACAAGAAAGAGGCUAAGGAAAUGGGUCGUGAGACAUGGUAUUUGUCGUGGGCUCUCGAUUUGACAAAGGAGGAGAGAUCCAAGGGAAAGACUGUCGAGGUUGGACGCGGAUUCUUCGAGACCGAGAAGCGAAGAUACAGUAUCUUGGAUGCCCCUGGCCAUAAAACCUAUGUGCCAAGUAUGAUUGGUGGUGCUUCACAAGCAGAUGUCGGAAUUUUGGUCAUUUCUGCUCGUAAGGGAGAAUACGAAACUGGUUUCGAAAAGGGGGGUCAAACCCGUGAGCACGCUAUGUUGGCGAAAACCCAAGGUGUCAACAAACUUAUUGUGGUUAUCAACAAGAUGGAUGACCCAACCGUCGAAUGGUCCCACGAGAGAUACAAGGAGUGCACAACCAAAUUAUCUCAAUUCUUGAAAGCUACUGGUUACAAUCUUAAGACCGACGUAUUCUUCAUGCCAAUCGCAGCACAACAAACAAUGGGUAUCAAGGAUCGUAUCCCAGAGGGUGUGGCUCCAUGGUAUGAUGGACCAUCUCUAUUGGAAUUCCUCGACAACAUGACACAACUUGAACGUAAAGUCAAUGCACCAUUCAUGAUGCCCAUCAACGGCAAAUACAGAGAUAUGGGUACUCUCGUCGAGGGUAAGAUAGAAUCUGGUGUCGUAAAGAAAGGAAUGAACCUCGUCAUGAUGCCCAACAAAGAAAAGGUUGAAGUCAUGGUAGCAUAUGGUGAGACGGAAGAAGAAAUUCCCGCCGGACAAUGUGGAGAUCAAAUUCGUCUCCGCCUACGUGGUAUCGAAGAAGAAGAUAUUCUUCCCGGUUUCGUUCUUUGCUCACCAAAACGUCUCGUUCACUGCGUUACUACAUUCGAAGCUCAAAUCAGAGUUUUGGAUCUAAAGAGUAUCUUAUCUGCUGGUUUCAAUUGUGUUAUGCAUGUGCAUUCUGCUAUCGAAGAAGUUACUUUCGCGGCGUUAUUGCAUAAGUUGCAAAAGGGCACUAAUAGAAAGAGUAAAGUUCCACCCACUCAUGCCAAGAAGGGUGAUAGCAUUAUUGCAAGAAUGGAAGUUAUUGGUGGUGCUGGAAGUGUCUGUGUGGAGAAAUUCGAAGAUUACCCACAAUUGGGUAGAUUUACUCUUAGAGAUCAGGGACAAACCAUCGCCAUUGGUAAAAUCACAAAGUUGAUCACCGAAGAAGAAGUCGCUGCCUAA